UUCAAAUUUAAAUCCUCAAUAAUAAACUCACUAGCACCACGCAGACAUGACCGAAACCGUUCGUCCGGCCUUCGUCGACCGCCCGCGCCCUCUUCUCGCCUACGGCAUUCCCUUCCCCGCCGCAGCCGCCCACCAUGUUGACGACCUUUUCCACGCCUCGCGAGUCUACAUCAUCUGCUCCGCAUCCCUGGCGCGCAACACCGACGCACUGGACCGACUCGUCGAAGCGAUCGGAGAGAAGCAAGUCGUCGGCAAACGCAUUGGCAUGCAGAGCCACACGCUCUGGUCCGAGGUACUGGAGGCCGCGAAUGCCGCGCGCGAAGCCGAAGCCGAUUGCUUGAUUACACUGGGCGGAGGCAGUCUGACAGAUGCAGCCAAAGUCGUUGCUUUGGCCCUAGCAAACAACGCAACAACCCCACAAGCCCUCUCCACCCUCUCCACGGGUCCGAACCAAUCCACCGACCUCCACCCGCCAUCCAUCCCGAUUAUCUCGAUCCCGACGACCCUCUCAGCAGGCGAAUACAGCUCCUUCGCCGGCGCAACGGACGACAGCACGCACCGAAAACACAUCUUCGGGUACCCGACGCGGGGCCCGGGGCUGGUGAUCCUCGACCCGGCGCUGACGACGACGACGCCGGCACGCACGUGGCUGUCGACGGGCGUGCGCGCCGUGGACCACUGCGUCGAGACCUACUGCGCGGCGCAGGGCACCACCUCCGAAACCGACCAGCUGUCGCUGCAUGCGCUGGGCCUGCUGGUCCCGGGCCUGCUCCGCACGCACUGCGACCCCGCCGACGAGGAUGCGCGGCUCGAAUGUCAGCUGGGCUCGGUCGAUGCCAUGGCUGCUGUCACGGCUGAGCAGGGGAGCGUGCAGCUGGGCGCUAGUCAUGGGAUUAGCCAUCAGCUGGGUCCCCUCGGCGUUCCCCACGGUGAAACCUCGUGUAUCUUGCUGCCCGCCGUCUGCAAGUACAAUGCCGCGCACGAGAAAGCGGAGGCGGGGGCGGGGGCGGGGCCGAAUCGCGAGCGGCAGGAGAAACUAAAGCACUUCCUCGGUAAGCGGGACGAGGUCGUCGAGGUGGUGCGGCGGCACCAUGCCGGGAAAGAUCUCGAGCAGCUGGAUCUGGGCGAUGUCCUUGAUGCGGUCAUCAGGGAGUUGGGCAUGCCCCGCUCCCUUGCAGAGGUCGGCAUCGGCAGGCAACACCUUGACAGACUGGCGGAGAAUAGUCUGCACGAUCGGUGGUGCCAGACCAAUCCGGUGCCCUUGACUGAGAAGAGCCAGGUCUUGGAGAUUUUGGAGAUGGUUGUGGGGUAGAUCAGGAAUAUAUAUAGACGGAGAUGAGUGUGGGGAGGCGGGGGCUUUCGGUCUGGGUAGAUGUAUAUGGGUACGAUUAGCCAUGGGUUUAAUUGGGAUCUUGUCUUCCCACUUUGGCCAUUUGAUCUUUCGAGGCUGGACAUCUUGAAGAUGAUUCUUUAUCAAGGUAAAGGGAGGAUAAAGGAGGACUAGACAAUUACCGUGGCUAAGAUUGGG